AUGGAUCUGGCAAAAGAAUACCCAAAGAAUUUAUACAUUGGAAUUGACAUUUCCGAGAUGUUCCCGAGUGAAGUUGAACGUCCUUCGAGCGCGACCUUCAUAAAAGCAAACCUACUUGAUGGACUGCCGUUUGAGAACAAUUCAUUUGAUUUCGUAUAUCAGAGAUUUUUGGGUAUCUCUCUCACUGAAGUACAAUGGAAAGUGAAAGUAAUUCCUGAGCUGGUAAGAGUUUUGAAGCCUGGAGGGUGGAUUGAAAUUAUGGAAUAUGAUUUGAUUUGGUUCUCCUUGGGUCCAAAGACAAACGUGAUGUUAACUAAAUUAAAAAAUAAAUUGCAAGAGUACGGAAUCAACGUAAUCAUGAGCCGCAAAAUUUCAGAAUUAUUAAAGGCGAAUAACGUUCAUAAUGUCGAAACGAUAUCCAAGUCCAUUCCAUUAGGCGACUGGGGCGGAAAACUAGGAAGAGCAAGUCUUGAUAUGACUCCCGAGGAGUAUGAUGAUUGUUUAGAGGGUAGCGCCCGCGAGAUCAACGAGUAUAAAUCCUAUACCAUGUCACAUAGGUACAGUAUGCUUGUUCGUUACACACUUCUCACUACUUUAUGA